AUUCCACGCUGUGGUAUAUAGAAAGAAAAAACAAAAAAAGAGUAAAGAAUCUUUGCAUGCUACCCUCACACAUAUAUAUACAAUUAAAUUAAUCUCUCUUCAUCUUCCCCUUCAAUGGCAUCAAGACAAUCAGAGCUUUCUUCUUCAUCGACGAGAUGGUGGUCUCAAGAGACAGUGGCAAUAGUGACAGGUGGAAACAAGGGCAUAGGUUUUGCCUUGGUAAAAAGAAUGGCAGAGUUGGGAUUGACAGUCAUUCUAACUGCCAGAGAUAAUGCAAGAGGAAUGGAAGCAGUUGAGUCCCUUGACAAAAUAGGGCUGCGUGUCUAUUAUCACCGGCUUGAUGUCUCAGAUACUUCCUCCAUUCAAGCAUUUACUUCAUGGUUCUCCAACAAUUUCACUGCCUUAGAUAUAUUGGUAAAUAAUGCAGCUGUAUCAUUCAACGAUAUCCACGAGAACUCGGUGCAGCAUGCAGAAAUAGUAAUAUCAACAAAUUUUUAUGGGCCCAAACGACUCAUAGAGGAACUCUGGCCCACAUUUCGUUGCUCUUCCACUGUCACUCGAAUUCUUAAUAUUAGCUCUAGACUUGGGCUUCUUAGUAAGCUCAGAAAUGAACAACUAAGAACUGUGUUAUUGGAUGAGGAAAACCUAUCAAAGAAACAAAUCGAAGGAUUGGUGAAUUUAUUUAUAGAAAAUGUGAAAAAUGGGACAUGGAAAAGCAAAGGUUGGCCAGAAUUAUGGACAGACUAUGCUGUAUCAAAGCUUGCGUUGAAUGCGUACUCUAAAGUCUUGGCUAGGGAUAAUAAAGGAAAGGGUAUAAGCGUGAAUUGUUAUUGCCCUGGAUUUACACAAACAUCUAUGACUGGUGGCAAGGGGAAGUACACGGCGGAAGCCGCGGCAGAGAUAGGAGUAAGACUGGCUUUGCUACCACCACAACAUCUUCCAACAGGAAAGUUUUAUCUAGGGUCUAAUCCUCCAACUAUUUACUCCAAGAUUUAAGAGCAUUAUUAUGUAGUACUAUAACAAUUCAUAACUCCUUUGGGACAGGUUAUUUUGAAGUUUUUUUUUUUUUUAAUUUUUUUUUAUAACGACUUCAAGAGUUGUAAAAGUGGUUGCACAAAUAUUGUAAGCCUGAAUUGGUAAAAUGUUGAAUGAAUUUCAUAAUAAGAUCAACUUUUUAUUA